GCGCCAGGAGCCUCCAAUGAACUGCGUGCUUGCGCCUGUUGGGCGGGUCCCCGGGCUUUGGCUCUCGCCCAAUCAGAGUCAUUGUUUGUGUGUGGCCGGUGCUGCCGCAGUAAGAGGCGCUGGACGGAACUCAGACACGGGCGCUGCUCUCAGGAUGGACAGAGUGACAGAAGACUCCCUACGACUCAACCUCCUGAAGAGGGGUCUGGAGCAGCCUGAUGAGCGAGAGGAUGUCCUGGCCAAGCAGCUGAAGAUGGAGGGACACGAGGCCAUGGAGAGGCUCAAGAUGCUGGCCCUCCUAAAGAGGAAAGACCUUCCAGGCCUUGAGUUGCCCAAUGAACAUCCGGCUAAACAGGACGGGCUGAAAAUGUAUGAGGAGAAGCUGAAUGGCAGCUUGCGGCCUCAUGGGGAUGGUCGGACAAUGGGAAGGCACGGCAAGGAGAACAUUCAUGAGGAGCCAGUAGAUAUGAGCUCCAGGCGAAGUGAGCAGGAUCGAGGGGGGCUCACCCCGUCUCCAGAUAUCAUUGUGUUGUCGGACAACGAGGCCUCCAGCCCCCGCUCUGCCUCCCGAUUAGAAGAAAGGAUCAAGGUGGCCAACCUAGAUAUGUUUAAGGGGAAGAAUAUGGAGGAGCGUCAGAAGCUGAUCAAGGAGCUGAGGGAUGAGCUGAGACUGGAGGAGGCCCGGCUGGUUCUGCUGAAGAAGCUCCGACAGAGUCAACUCCAGAAGGAGAACGUCCUGCAGAAGAAUCCAGUGGUCCAAAACGCUGCUACCAUUGUUCAGCCAUCGCCUGCCCACGUGGGCCAACCUGGCCUGUCCAAAAUGCCCUCCCGGCCGGGGCUACCAGGUCUGGAUGCCCAGAAUAUGCGGAGCGCACAGAGUCACAGUGUCAUUAGAACGGCCAACUCGGUGCACCCUCACAUGUUACUGUCCCAGAGGGUCAUUGCCCCCAACCCUUCUCAGAUGCCGGGCCAGUGUGUGCCCCCCAAAGCCAACCUGAUCCGCAACAGCACCCCGAGCAUAAUCCAACCCAUCAGCUACCCGCAGACCAGCUCUACAAUCCAAUGCCAGCGCUCCGCCUCCUCCUCCAUCUACAUGAACCUCGGCUCCCACAUGCCUCCCGUCAACCGCGUGUCGUCCCCACUUCCCAGCCCAAGUGCCAUGACGGACCCUGUAAGUUCACAGGCGGCUGCUAAACUCGCCCUCCGCAAGCAGCUUGAGAAGACCCUCCUAGAGAUCCCGCCCCCGAAGCCCCCGGCUCCUCUACUCAACUUCCUGCCCAGUGCGGCCAAUAGCGAAUUCAUCUACAUGGUGGGACUGGAGGAGGUGGUGCAGAGCGUCAUAGACAGUCAAGUGAAAGGCUGCUCCUCCCUCCUGCACAUGGAUCCAUUCACCUGCGCUCAGUGCAGAACAGACUUCACUCCUCACUGGAAACGGGAGAAGAGCGGGAGGGUCCUGUGUGAGCAAUGCAUGACGUCCAAUCAGAAGAAAGCACUGAAGGCCGAGCACACCAAUCGGCUCAAGAAUGCCUUUGUCAAAGCCCUCCAGCAGGAACAGGAGAUUGAGCAGAGAUUACAGCACCAGGCGUCCUUAUCGCCUGGCACCCCACCCACUCUUUCCUCCAAGCAGGACAACAUGAUAAGGCAUCACAGCCUGCGGCAGGCCACACAGUCACACAAUUCGCUGCAGCGAGGUCUCACCAACGCCAGGGCCAUGCUCUCUAACUUCGCUCAGGCACCGCAGCUUCCUGUUGCCGGCGGGUUACUGGCCAUGCCAGGUGAGGGGACUGGGCCCAGAGAAGUGCUGAUUGGGCCCUUGUAUUGUCGUGUAAUUGUGAUGCUUCCACCAUGGGCACAAUCAGAUUAUUAUUGUAAUUGCUUCUCACUUGCAGGAGUGAACAUUGCGUAUCUGAACGCUGGAAUGGGGGGCCACAAAUCCACCAGCCUGGCCGAUCGACAACGCGAAUACCUUCUGGACAUGAUCCCCCCACGUUCCAUAUCGCAGCCCAUCAGUGGUCAGAAAUAGCCCCUCUAUGCACCGACCCCCCCCCCCCUGCAGAGACUUCUCCAUGGCGUGACCCGGAAAUUGGAUUUAACCAGCUCCAGCCACACAGUAACCCUGGCCUCUCCCCCAAGCAGCGCAUUAAGGAUCCAUGUUUGUGCUUUUACCCCCUCUGACUGGCUUCAUUCAUUUUAGUCUUUUUUUUAAUCUUGAUUUUUGUUUUUUGGCGGUGACACAAACUUUCUCUGAUGUUUUACUUCCCCUUUCUUUCUGCUUAUGCUGAACGUGACUGUGGGCCGGGGGUGGCGUGUGGGUGUUUAUACAAAACAAAAAAGUCUCAAAUUAUCUGCCACCCCUCAAUGGCCGCUGACACAAUGUGUCGAUGGAUUGGAACGGCCUCUUGGGAGAUGUUGGUGGCAGUUAAGCGACUGUCAGGUGAAGGGCAGGGACUAGAGGUGAGUAUUUUUUUAUGGAUUUGAGAAAAUCCAAGAUGGCUGUCCAGCGGUGCAGACUGGUGUCUCUGCAGUGCAGAGUUGCGAUUUCCGUUAAAGAGAAGCCUGGAAGCUCUUUGUGGUGCCCCCACGUUUACUGCUCCCCAAUACUGCCGCCUCCUCCUCUUUGCAGGCGCAGGAUGAUGUCGUUAUUCGUGGUUAAUCAUUAAGGAGGUGUAUCGCCCACCGCCAUCAUCUUUAUUUGCACUACGGACCUAUGAGACUUGAGGAGGGGGAAGAACCCGGCCUGGCAAAUGGUUUCACCCUGAAAAACGAUUCACUUCAUAACGUACAACUUCUUCAGGCACAAAAUACCAGCUUGGGGUCUGGUCAUGUGUCAAGGGGUGUGGGGUCUGACGGAAGCCAUGGAGGGCUUUUAUCAUUGCCAGGAACCAUUGCUGGGGCUGUUAGGGGUCGCCGCUCCCUUAUCCGAGUGCCAUCACUUUCAUGUCUGCACUGUGCCUCGGGGAAACGCACAGGUUAAAUAUUCCCCAGUUGUAUUUCAAGAUGGACAACAAGAGUCCAACAAGCACUUAGCCCUUUCAUUACGGAGUGGUCACAUGACCAAAAGCUAACCCUUGAAACGAAUCAGUGUUCGACUCCAGGCUGGCCAGUGUCCUGAAUCCAAACCGGCCCCUGAGCUACUUACUGUGGAAAAACAAAAAGUACCAGCGUGUAUAUGUUCCACAGGUUAAAUAUUGACUUUAUCAUGGAUUCAGGUUGAGGUCUUAAGUGCAGUAAAUGAUUUGAAGGGGUAGUUACCCUUUAAAACAAAGUUGUAGAAAACGUUCUGAUUGUUAAAAUAAGGCGAUUCUUUGAGAAUUCUUUCCAUUUCGUACAGCAGUUCAGCGGUUCUAUUGCACUCUAUGCAAUUAUACAGGCCCCGGCAACACUGGCGAGAUACGGUAGAACCGGGAACUGCAGGAAUGUUCCGAUGAACGAUCUCACCGAUCUGCCGCAUCCCUCGUUUUAAUGACCCAGAAGGGCUUUACAACUUGUGUUUAAGCAGAAAAAAAUGCUGUGAGAGGCAAAAAUUCCUUCCAAACAGCGUUUCGUUGAAGACAAGUUACGGCUUGAGAGCGUUGGGAUAUUUGGGAAGGUGGAGCGACCUUAAUGGGUCCCCAAGGAAUGAUGUUGUUUUGCAACACUUAGUGGAGUAGAAUAUUCAAGGGCGAGUAGUUUAAAGGUUGACGAGUGCUGCAAGGUGGGGUUUAGAGAAGAGGCAAAGAUUGUGCAGCCCCCCUCCUGUUGACCAACAAAUCAUCCCCUGCCAAUAACCAUUGGUGCCUCCCAGUCCACCCACCAAACCAAGGUGACUUUCUACAUGCCUCGUGGUCCUUGGAUCCAAUGAGAUGGGGGUUCUCAUCCUGGGUGUCAUGGGCUGAGUUGGUCUUUUCUUCAAAGUGACCCUCAAAUUGGGGAGUGGAAUGUUACAGAACAAUUUGCACUUUUUGUCUUUUGUGGGAGAGAGUAUUGAGGCAGCUCAGUAUUUUCCUUCCAGGUCUCUCGCUUCAAAUGAUCAGCUCAGUCUUUCCCUUACACAUUUGUCCCCCUUUCACAAGGAAUUGGCUCAGUUUCCCUUCCAAAUGUCCCCCCCCCCCCUUUACAGGGUAGCGGCAUAGGGAUUCCCUUCCAAAUUUCUCACUCUUAAAUAAGCAACUGAGUAUAUCUCUUCCAACUUUCUAACGCAAGGAUGAAGUUCAAGAUGUUCCUUCCAAUUCACUUACCCAACGAUACAUCAUUGUUUCCCAUUCAGUCCUAUCAGCCGAGUAAUCAGCUCUGUCAUUUUUAAACAUUUUUUCGUCCAUGGAUGAAGCUCAAGAUUUUACUUUCACUUUUUAUCUACAGACAAGCCUUAGUAUUUCCCUCCAAUUCCCUAAUUGAAGCUCAGUUUUUCCCUUCUAAUCCUCCUGUCAUCCAUGGACAAAGUUCAGUAUUUCCCUUCCAAACCUCUCCCAAAGAAGGAGCUCAUUAUUUCCCUUCAUUUUCUUCCUCCCAAAGAAGGAGCUCAGUAUUUCCCUUCAUUUACUUCCUCCCAAGGAAGGAGCUCAGUAUUUCCCUUCCAAGUUCUACCCCCAAGGAUCCAGCUCAGUAUUUCCCUUCAGGUUUUACCCACCCAAGGAUCCAGCUCAGUAUUUCCCUUCCAAGUUCUACCCCUCCCUCCAAGGAUCCAGCUCCAUAUUUCCCUUCCAGGUUCUACCCCAAUGAUCCAGCUCAGUAUUUCCCCUUCAGGUUCUACCCACCCAAGAAAGCACCUCAGUAUUUCCCUACCAAGAUCUAUCACCCAAGGAUCCAGCUCAGUAUUUCCCUUUCAAUCCUUUAUCCCAAGCAAAGCAGCUCAGUAUUUCCCUACCAAGAUCUAUCACCCAAGGAUCAAGCUCAGUAUUUCCUUGUUCAGGUUCUACCCACCCAAGGAUCCAGCUCAGUAUUUCCCUUCCAGGAUCUAUCACCCAAGGAUCCACCACAGUAUAUCCAUUUCAAUCCUCUCAAGGAAGCAACUCAGUAUUUACCUUCCAAGUUCUAUUACCCAAGACUCCAGCUCAGUUUUUCCCUUUCAAUCCUCUAUCCCAAGGAAGCAGCUCAGUAUUUCCCUUCCAGGAUCGAUCACCCAAGGAUCAAGCUCAGUAUUUCUCUUGUCUCAAAUGUUUUCACCCAAGGAGACCACACAGUAUUUUCCUUCCUGUUGACACGUUAUUGUACACACAACACACAUUCUUGUAGGUAAGUAACAGCAGCCCCAAUAUUGCUAGAUUACGGUGCUGCAAUGAUAUCCAGCGUCCCAUACCCCACUCUCUUAUGCAAUGACUUUAUUCUCCCUUCCAUUAACUCUCCACUGAACUGUUGUAUUUUAGUGGCGAGGGAAGGUACCUUGAGAUUUUCAUUUGUUUCUACGAAAGGCAAAAUCUUUAUCUGCAGCCGUAACGUGCUAAUUUCGCUUCUGUUUCCAUGCCAGUGGCUCUUUAUUUUCUCUCUGUAUAUAAAGCUAUUUCUGGACAACUAAAGUUAAAAUAAACGACAGAAAAAAAAUGGAAGAAAACAUUGUAAAUUGUAUAAAAAAUACAAAAAGCAAAAAAAAGGUCAAUUGAACCCACACUGACCACAGUUCAAUAGUGUGCAACUUUGUCACUGUAUAUUGUAGCUUGUGUGCACUUAAAAAAAAAUGUGCAAAAGGCAGCGUCUGACUUAAUAGAAAGUGUCGGGGACAGAUAUUUACAUUUGUAUUUUAAAAAUUAUUAUAGUACCUUAAUACUGAGAGUGAAAUUAUCUUUUUGAAGGAAAUUUUCUGUUGAGAAAUCUUUUGAUUCGCCUUAACAUUUCCAACUAGAGAGUUCACUUACUCAAAGUGAAACAGUUCAUUGAAUACUAGAACUGAAUUAAUGGUUUUGUUUCGCUAGAUAUAUUUGGAAGAGAAACCGUUUAUUAAUUCGCCCUAAUGUGUUCAAAUAUAAAGUUCACUUAAGUGAAACAGUUCAUUGAAUACUGGGACUGAAUUAAUGGUUUUGUUUAGCAAGAUGUACUGUAUUUGGAAGAGAAACAGUUCAUUGAUUUGCCUUAAUGUGUCCCGAUUAGAAAGUUCACUCGCUCAAAGUGAAAUGAUUCAUUCAAUGCUGGAACUGAAUUUAUGAUUUGUUUAGCAUAAUGUAUUCCAAAUAAAUACAGUUCAUUGAUUCACCUUAAUAUGUCCAACUAGAAAGUUCAGUUCAAAGUGAAACCAUUAAUUAAAUACUGAAACUGAUGAAUACUGAAUGGUUUUGUUUAGGAAGAUGUAUUUGGAAGAAAAACAGUUCAGUGAUUCACCUUAACAUGUCCAACCAGAAAGCUCACUAGCUUAGAGUGAAACAAUUCAUUGAAUAUUGGAAGUGAAUUACUAAUUUUGUUCAGAAAGAUUUGAAAGAGAAACAGUUCAGUAAUUCACCUUAAUGUGUCCAACCAGAAAGCUCACUUGCUUAAAGUGAAACAAUUUAUCAAAUAUUGGAACUGAAUUACUGAUUUUGUUCAGAAAGAUUUGAAAGAGAAACAGUUCAGUGAUUCAACUUAACGUGUCCAACCAGAAAGCUCACUUGCUUAGAGUGAAACAAUUUUUUGAUUAUUAGAAGUGAAUUACUGAUUUUGUUCAGAAAGAUUUGAAAGAGAAACAGUUCAGUUAUUCAUCUUAACGUGUCCAACCAGAAAGCUCACUUGCUUAGAGUGAAACAAUUUAUUGAAUAUUGGAAGUGAAUUACUAAUUUUGUUGUGAAAGAUUUGAAAGAGAAACAGUUCAGUGAUUCACCUUAAUGUGUCCAACCAGAAAGCUCACUUGCUUAGAGUGAAAGAAUGAAUUGAAUAUUGGAAGUGAAUUACUGAUUUUGUUCAGAAAGAUUUGAAAGAGAAACAGUUCAGUAAUUCACCUUAAUGUGUCCAACCAGAAAGCUCACUUGCUAAGAGUGAAACAAUUUAUUGAAUAUUGGAAGUGAAUUACUGGUUUCUUUCAGAAAGUUUUGAAAGAGAAACAGUUCAGUGAUUCACCUUAACACGUCCAACCAGAAAGCUCACUUGCUUAGAGUGAAACAAUUCAUUGAAUAUUGGAAGUGAAUUACUAAUUUUGUUGUGAAAGAUUUGAAAGAGAAACAGUUCAGUGAUUCACCUUAAUGUGUCCAACCAGAAAGCUCACUUGCUUAGAGUGAAAGAAUUAAUUGAAUAUUGGAAGUGAAUUACUAAUUUUGUUGUGAAAGAUUUGAAAGAGAAACAGUUCAGUGAUUCACCUUAAUUUGUCCAACCAGAAAACUCACUUGCUUAGAGUGAAAGAAUUAAUUGAAUAUUGGAAGUGAAUUACUAAUUUUGUUCAGAAAGAUUUGAAAGAGAAACAGUUUAGUGAUUCACCUUAACGUGUCCAACCAGAAAGCUCACUUGCUUAGAGUGAAACAAUUUAUUGACUAUUGGAAGUGAAUUACUGGUUUUGUUCAGAAAUAUUUGAAAGAAAAACAGUUCAGUGAUUCACCUUAACAUGUCCACCCAGAAAACUAACUUGCUUAGAGUGAAACAAUUAAUUGAAUAUUGGAACCGAAUUACUGGAUUUUUUCAGAAAGAUUUGGAAGAGAAACAGUUCAGUGAUUCACCUUAACGUGUCCAACCAGAAAGCUCACUUGCUUAGAGUGAAACAGUUCAUUGAGUUCUGGAAGUGAGUUAAGAUUUUGUUUAGCAAGGUUUAUUUGGAAGGAAAACGGUUCAUUGAUUUGCAUUAAUGUAGCCACCUAGAAAGGUGAGUUGCACAAAGUGAAACAGUUCAUCAGCUCACCUUUACGUGUCUGACUUGUACUGCCAUUCCUAUUGCUUCCUGUGUGACGCUGCCUCUUGCACAGAUUUUAAUUGUGUCCCCCCCCCCUAUAAAUUCGGAGCUCCAAAAUCUUGUUCAUGAAUUUAGGUGAAAGAGGUUAUUUUCCACAAACUCACCAGCAGUGGCCGAUAGCCUCAAUAAGUGAAAUAAGACAUUUUUUUGGAGAAAUGAUUUAAAAAAAGAAAAAAACCUUUGUAAUAUUUAUCACUCGCGAACUCCGUUUAAUAAAGAAAAGAACGGUUUAUAACUUUU